GUUGUCAACCAAGCUCGUUAACCCCGCCUCUUCUGUUGCGUCAUUGGGGGGCGUAGUCCACGUUCUCUCAUUGCAUCAACCGGUGAUAGGUCAGUUCAGACCACGUGACAGAGCGCAACCAAUCAUCGCAAAGUGCGACGAGCAAAACCUCAGCUCAAGUGCGUGGCCGUUAAAGUCAAUAUAUAUGACGUUUCUCUGUGGACUGCGCCGUGUUGUUAGCAGCUGGUGGUUAAAGACGAAAUCGGAGUGGACGAGUGACGAUGUUUGCUGCCUUUCCGAGCGGACGGUAACUUGGAAACCUGUCCGGAGGUGAGAGGUGGUACCGGGUGACUGAUGCGAACACCGGAGCGUCGCCCUGUGAGCCUCUCAGUUACAUAACGGAGCACAGCGGUUACACAAAAACUGUGAUAACGGACUGGUGUCCCCGCACAGGUCGUAGUUCAGCCCGUUUUCCUCCCCCCUGACUGACUUCUACCCCCUCCCUGCAUCAUGAAUGUGGGUACGGCGCACAGCGAGGUGAACCCCAACACCAGGGUGAUGAACAGCAGGGGGAUGUGGCUAUCCUACAUCCUGGGGAUCGGUCUCCUUCACAUCAUCCUUCUUAGCAUCCCCUUUGUCAGCGUACCUGUAGUCUGGACUCUCACCAAUCUCAUCCAUAAUCUGUGCAUGUACCUUCUGCUACACACGGUCAAAGGAACGCCCUUUGAGACCCCGGAUCAGGGCAAGGCUCGCCUCCUGACGCACUGGGAGCAGAUGGACUACGGCGUGCAGUUCACUGCUUCACGCAAGUUCCUCACCAUCACACCUAUUGUUCUGUACAUAUUAACCAGCUUCUACACCAAAUACGACAGAGUCCACUUUGUGGUCAACACAGUGUCCUUGAUCACCGUGCUCAUCCCCAAACUACCACAGCUGCACGGUGUCAGGAUCUUUGGGAUUAAUAAGUACUAACAGGAUGUAACAUCCCCGCGGACUGCAGGGAGCAGUUUUGGACCUUUUGACGAGGACUUGUGGACCUUCAGCACCAAGUUCUACCAAACAUUGUUAAAAAAAAAAAGGAAGUCCACUGAGGAUGUUGCCAUGGUACUAAAUCUAAAAAGACUCUUGGGAGAGAGCACAAAGGGAUGUGUUUUAUGAUCAGAUGUGCUUUUUUUGAGUCACAUUUUUAAAAACUUGAUUAUUUAAGGAUUCAAAUCAAACGUCGACCUUUUUAUGACCUAGAGAAGAGGAUGGUGUUCAGUGCCAUUUCUCUGGGUUGGCACAAUGAAGCAGGACUUUUUCCUGUGUGUAAUGAUACACUACUGUAUUUAUUCAGCUUCAUUCCCAUCUGGAGCCUCCUCUCUCUCUCUCCUUCUCCUGAGGUUUGUGGAUAAGAGGAGAGCAACAAUGCUGCACUGACAUGGAAAUGGAGCAGUGAAGUGCUGCAGAGGCGAGACACAGAAAACCACCAGGUUUUAUAUUUAACUCGCCGUGCUCUGCUCCCCUCGGCUCAGGGUCAAGACGGGGACAUUAAGCAACUCCUUAUUUUUAGCUGACCUUUUCCAUAUUUGAGUAGCUCUUGUUCUGGACAGUCCCCUCUGCCUUCUGCACACAAGCAAAAGGGAUUUAAACGACCCAACAGCAGUCGGGUCUGUGUUAAUCUGUCUGGCAGAUCCUCCUCAGACUAAAAAGGUCAAAGCACUAAUCUUUUAAGUUUAGCAGGUUCCCAUAUCUAUUAGAGAUGCACCAGCCGACUUUGUUUGUGACUACCUUUAGCAGGCUUCUGUACAGCAUGGGGAAGUUCUACAUCUGCUCUGUCAGGUGUGUCUGAACCAGGAAACUGCAAAAACAUGAUAGCAGCGCUUGAGGACCAGGAUUGGACCCCGCAGGUUUAUAGCAGCUUUUGUGUAACAUCACUUUAAAUCUUCACAAAGGUCUUUACUUUACUGGACAAAUAACGUGUCCCCAUUUGGACCAGCUCUAAUCAGAUUGCGUACCAUCUGAUGAUUGGGGGUGAAAAAGAAAAGUUCGGUCUAACGAUAAAAAAUAGCUGGCUUGUCAAGGGUUCAGUAAUAUUUGUGAAUAUUUGCAGAUACCAAUGAGAAAGGAAGCUGGUGUCACUGGUUCAUGUUGAGCAGGAUAAGAGGUUGAAAUGGUCUUUUUGUUGUUUCCAAACAUUUAGAUAGAUAUAUUUUUACAUCAAAGAUGUUAAAGAAGACAGGCUUUGGUUCUAUAAGGCUGAGGCAUUCUGAACAGUUGUUUUAUUCCUGGUGACGCUCAUUUAUUACUCAAACACAAAGAGAAGGGAAAAAAAGUCUAUUCUGACUGCUGCAGGUGGAAAUUAGCAGCUACUGCUACGAGUUUACAGGACUGGAACUUUUCUUGGUCUUUUUGUGAAUCAUUCGAUUCAAAUGUUUUAUUUUAAGAUAUUCUAAAACUGUAUUGAUUAAACUAAAAUCUGAAUCACAGCAUCAAAAUCGUCUGUGAUGUUCACCCUGGUUUUUUCCCCCCUUUUUUAAGUCCGAAAAAGGGGAAAUCAAACAGAAACCAGCUGAGAAAAUUGGUGCAUCUCUAAUUUUUAUGAAUAGAAAGUAACAUAAUGUAUUUUUGCCGCAUUAAAAAUAAAAUAUUAAUUACAAUUAGGUAAAACCCCACAUUAAAAUAACUGUAAAACAUGAAUUUAUUCUUGAGACUAAAAAGCUUUAAAACAUUAUCUUAUGUCUUAUGCGUCUGUUCAAAUGCCCAUUAUUAACAGAUCACACAACAAUGCUUUCUGCUGCCUUUAGCCUGGUUUAUCUGCUGCUUGGUCUUUUCAAUGUAGCUCUAGAGACUAAUUCUUAAAUACAGGAGUAGGAAAUCUGUUUUAAGGACUGAGAAAUCUGGAUCAGCUGGCUUUAUAGCACAAAAUAAAAAAUUUUAUUGUAUAAAUUUUGAAUUAUGUUAAAAAGCUGCUUUAAUCCCUAUGAGAGAGCAUUUCUAGUCUUUAUAACUGACACAUACUCAACAGGCACUUGAUGGAAACCUGACUUCAAUAGGCCACAUCUCAAGUUAUUUCCAUCCUUUUUAGGAGAACUUGAAGCUGAACUAGGAAAUAUUUGCCAAAUAAAACAUAGGUCUUGUUUCCAUUAGAACAACAAAGCUGCGCUCUAGAAGGUGGCCAUGUUGGUUACAAUUGAAAUAUUAAACAGCAGCUAAUAUAUUCGAUACUUCAAAAUAACAAAGAUGUUCUUUUCUGUAAAGUGGAUGAUGAUGUUUAUGUUCUUUUAUAUCAAAAUGUUUAUCAUUUACAUGCAAGUGGUUAAAGUGGCUUUUUAUGGUGUUCUAGAGGUUAGAUUUUUCAUGUUCAACCUGCUGCAGGUUACUAAUUGUUCCUCUUGAGGGACUCCAUCAUCAUGCACAUCAGAGACUUACUGGGCUCGCUGGAGACGUACAAAUGCACACGCCCGACAGCCGCAGCCCAGUGAGAUGCUGUUGGGCAGAAGAUGAGUUGAAGUAUUUUGUGAACAGGACAUGUUCUGUUUACAGCCAGAUCAGUGUUAACGGUGCGUCUCACUCUCGUGGAGUAAAGGCAGCAGAUAUUAAACGCAGCAGUAGUAGGAAAUACUAAGCCUCAUAUUUUUUAUUAUUGUGAUGAGUGGUUUUUUUUCUUUAUAUUUGGAUCAUCUGAGACGUUGAUUAUUAUUAAUGAUCAUUGGUACAAAUUUAUAACAUUUUGGAUGAAAUAAAAAUUGGACUUCUUGGGUUUUUGUAAUGAUGACCGAUUUAAUGAAUCUAAUUAGACUGAGAUUAUGGAUAAAUGUGGAAUGUAUCUGAAUUUGAAUGAUUGUAUCUGAACUGAAUUUUAAUCUGACCAUUGAAUGAGCUGGAUUAAAAGAGCUGGAUUUGACUUGGACUUUAUUUAAUGCAGAAAUCUCUGAGAUGGUUUUUGUUGUGAAUUAGUGCUCUAAAAAUAAAAUGAGUAAAGUUUAAAUAAAAGUCCUUUAGGAUUAUGACUGCUGUCCUGCAGGAGCUUUUUGUUCAUGUAUUUCUGUUUCAACAUGGUGAGUACAAAGGGCUUUGUUCAGGGCCAUAAUGCAGGCUAUUUUUGUUUUGCAGUUUAGGACACCAGCCCUGGGGGUUGAACAGGAUGUUUAAUCAGGAAAAUGGCAAAACCCAAAAUACUUUUUUUUUUAUCUUUAAAAUGAUUAUUUUUGUCAAAUGUGGGUUUGUAAGAACUGGCAAAGGUGUUUGGGAUGAAAACAUUCCCGACUUUGUUCUGCUGCAGUGUCUACAUAAAAGGAGUUUCUAGAUCAUUGCUUUGAAAAUACGAUUUAAUUAAAGGUAACAGUCGAUCUGUUGUUUCGGUUGUUGCAGCAACUCAAGUUUAUUGUGCAGCCAUUGGUCUGUGACACAUUUGGAUUUGAUAAACUGAAUUUUAGAGGUUGAUUUAAAUCUUAUUUAGCGUUUUGUCUAUAAUCUGCAUUUGUCCGACAGUUUCUCUUCUGAGCCAUCUGUACGAAACAGAGGAUGAAAAAUGGAGCAAAUAAAAGUCCAAACCGC